GUGGGAUCCUUUCUCUCAAAAAGAAGAAUGUUUUUUACGACUCUGCCCCGCAUUGCUCCUCUCUCUCACCACCGCCGAUUCAAGCUUAGGCUGAGGCUGAGAUCCAGCUUCCAUCAAUUGGAUUGAGUCGGUCAACGUCAAUCACUCAAAACUUUCUGCGACCGCAAAUCCCUCUUCCUCUUGGAAUUGAUCCUUUUGGACUGCGACUGCCCCUCCAUCGUUGCUCAUUGUUUGCUGUACGCAGACACAAAUACUGAAGUAGACGCAGACGCAGCUCAGCUCUAUAGAAUCGGUAUGCCGCCCCUCUUCCUUUCAUGCACUUGUCUUGCCAGAAUCUGCGACUCGCCAAUGGUUAUGAUGAUCGAAAAAUUUCAAGAUGUUAGACUUCCUACACAUACUGAGGAUGCAAAUUUGACCUGAACCAUGAUCGCUUUCUAUCUUACUUCAAUAUCUACAAUAUCAUGGUUUAUUCAAGCUAACCUGUCCAGUGUAAAACACCUCACACCUCACUCAGAACUGCAUCCGCAAAGAUGUGCGGGAUCCUUGGCCUCAUACUUGGCGAUACUCGCGACCAGAACUCCACCGCCGCCGCCUACGACCUCCACGAUGCCUUAUACUAUCUCCAACACCGAGGACAAGAUGCAUGUGGUAUUGCGACCUGCGCUUCGGGUGGAAGAAUCUACCAAUGCAAGGGAAAUGGUAUGGCCGCAAAGGUGUUUGGCGAUGGAUCUCGAGUUCAAGACCUUCCUGGUUUCAUGGGUCUAGGUCACUUGCGAUACCCAACUGCUGGUAGCAGUGCAAGCGCCGAAGCACAACCCUUCUAUGUCAACAGUCCCUAUGGCAUCACCUUCGCCCACAAUGGCAACUUGAUCAAUGCCGUAGACCUUCGCAAGUACUUGGACCAAGAGGCGCACCGACAUAUCAAUACCGAUAGCGAUAGCGAAUUGAUGCUCAACAUCUUCGCCAACGAGCUCAAUGAGACUGGAAAGGCUCGUGUCAACAGAGAGGACAUUUUCAGUAGUCUGGAACGAAUGUAUGAGAGAUGUGUAGGUGGUUUCGCUUGUACUGCAAUGCUUGCUGGUUUUGGAAUCAUGGGCUUCCGUGAUCCUCAUGGAAUUCGACCCCUCGUCAUUGGCGAGCGGCCAUCCGCAACACUUCCCGGCGCAAAGGACUACAUGCUUGCUUCUGAAUCCGUUGCUCUCCGUCAACUCGGUUUCGACAAUAUCAAGGAUAUCCUUCCUGGACAAGCCGUCAUCAUUAAGAAGUCUACUGAUGGCAAUUUCUUCGAACCUGAUUAUCGCCAGGUCGUUCCAAUGAAGGGAUACUCGCCUGACAUUUUUGAAUACGUUUACUUUGCUCGCCCUGACACAAUCAUCGAUGGCAUCAGUGUGCAGGCUAGCAGAAUGACCAUGGGUCACAAAUUGGCCGAUACUCUUGUCAGGACUCUUGGUGCUGAAGCUAUCAAGGAGAUUGAUGUAGUUAUCCCCAUUCCUGAGACAUCCAACACAUCCGCAGCAAGUCUCUCUGAGCGACUCAAGAUUCCAUACUGCCAGGGUUUUGUCAAGAAUCGCUACGUCUUCCGAACCUUCAUUAUGCCUGGCCAAGGUGCUCGACAAAAGUCGGUUCGUAGAAAGCUGAGCCCAAUUCCAUCGGAGUUUGCGGGGCGUACUGUUUUACUUGUUGAUGAUAGUAUUGUUCGAGGAACGACUAGUCGAGAGAUUGUUACCAUGGCAAGAGAAGCUGGCGCAAAGAAGGUCAUCUUCGCGUCUAGCUCUCCUCCCAUCACACAUGCUCAUAUCUAUGGUAUUGAUCUUGCUGAUCCCAAGGAGCUUGUGGCCCAUAACAGAGAUAGACAUGAUAUUGCAAAACACAUUGGUGCUGAAGAGGUUAUCUAUCAGUCUCUUUCAGAUCUCAAACUUUCCUGCGCCGAGCACUCUCCUCGAGGACUUACACAAGAGUUUGAAGUUGGUGUCUUUUGUGGCAAGUAUGUUACACCAGUCACCGACGGUUACUUUGAGCACUUGGAGAAGAUCCGUGGUGAGAGCAAGAAGCUCAAGGUUUUAGAGAGCGCGAAGGAAAUGCUCAUUACUGGCAAUGCCGGAGAGAAGGAGCUCGAUUUGAUUCAACAUGGUGUUGCAGUCAACAAUCAUGGUCAAGUUGUUCCCGAUAUUCCGGGUGCCGUAAAUGGCAACGGUAAUGGUGUGAAUGGAAGUGAGAGACGCAAGAGAGAGCGAGAAGAAGAUGCAAUCACUCCUCCUGUAAGAGAUCGUCAUGAUAUCAGGUAUGUACCCCGAUGAAAUUCUCUCUGAAAAUAGUGGUUUGAAUCUAACGAUACGUAGUCUGCAUAACUUUGCCAACGAGCCACAACGAGGUUAUGAAUGAAUAUGACAUAUUAUGUAAUUAAAUAAGGCGUUCAACGGUUGGGAGGUGGUUUGUCUGUAAUUCCCUCUGGGUAGGAAACCUCUGAUUUUGGAAGGUGCUGGUGGCGUUUGAUUCGAACUUCGAACAUGAUGACGAUAUAGUAUUAGCUGUAUCUAGAGAAAUACUUGGGUAGGCUCGCCAAUUACUACAUUACGUUGUCAGUGAAC